AAAAGGUCAUGUUAGGAGUUGUUAAACAGGAUCGGUCUAUUGAAGAGGUCAUGUUAGGAGUUGUUAAACAGGAUCGGCCUAUGGUAGAGUCAUGCUGGGAGUUUUCGUACACACGGGUUGAGAGAGAUGACGUUAUAUCCGUACUUACGGAUGUAACGAAUCCGGCCAGCUAAUAAAAGAAUACUGGACGAGGUAGGCGUGUGUGCGUGUUACCCGAGGCGUGAAUUGCUUGAUCAGUCAGGUUCAGCACCAUUUGUUCAACCCAGCAAUAGGAUGGGUGACCACGAGGAUAACCACCCUCCAUGCAUACACCCACAAUCCCUCCAUAAUUAAAUGUUACAUUCAAGGUGAAGGAUGGGUUGCCACUUCAGCCGCGAGAACUACUGCUACUCCCUGUCCUGUUGCUUCUGUGUCAAGAACAGAGCUGCCUGCUACUGGAUAGGCGGGGUCGGCAUUAUCUGGGGCGGGUUCGCGACUGUGGUGGAUUUUAUCAGCGCCUAUCUCCCCUACCAGUACUGCCAACGGUGUCUCGACUAUAAAUUAAAUGGUAAUCUCAGCUACGCCGGCGGGUGCAUCAACGCUGUCCAGUGGCUGCUGUGCUUGCUGCUGAUCCACGGUGCUAGGAAGGAGCUGCGGUGGCUACUGGUGCCGUGGCUGUCGUGGAUGGUGGUGAGCCUGGCCAUGCAGCUGGUGUGGGUCUUCAUCACUCUGCCUUACACCCCAACCAUACGAGGGUUCGCCUCCGUCUUCCAAUUCCUCUGGGGCGUCCACUACUUCAUCGUGGUCAAGACACAUUACACCAGGCUGGCCCUGACCUUCACCCCGCCGGAGGAGCCUCUGCGGCCCGUCCCGCCCAACUCUCCCACCAGGAAGCACAAGCGACGCAAGCGGCGGGUCAACCCCGCCCUGCAGCCCACCAUCCGCACCCUGGUGGGGGCCGCCGUCAAGCUCCAGUGUGAGAUGACCCGCAUCCGCUGGCGCCACGACGACCCCGAGGUCAUCAUCAUCCCCAAGAGGUGGAGCAAUGAAGUGGAGCAGCGUAGCCUUAGGUCGGGCCUAGAAGAGGGUGGGGGAGAGGACGAUGGGAGAGGAGACGGUGGAAGAGGGGACGAUGGGAGAGGGGACGAUGGGAGAGGGGACGAUGGGAGAGGGGACGAUGGAAGAGGGGACGAUGGGAGAGGGGACGAUGGGAGAGGGGACGAUGGGAGAGGGGACGAUGGGAGAGGGGACGGUGCUGUAGGGGAGGGGAAAGAACACGAGACUGAGGACGAGCAGACAUCGAAGGCGAAAAUAUCUCACAAGAAGAAGAAUAAGAAAUCCCGAGAGAGGAGGCAAAGGAGAGCUGGCAACCCAGAAGCCGAAAAUGAACGAAGAAGACACAAGAAAGAAAGGAAACAGGCGAAACAGAAAAAUGAAAUAAGGAGCAGUGAAGGAGGGGAAACAGAGGCAGACAGAGGAGAGAGAGACGAGGUAGACUCUGAGAGCGAGCGAGGGAAGGAUACCCAGGCGACAGGAGGGAGACACGUGGCCGGGAGUGUUGGUGGUGAGGCCUUGGCCGUCCUGGAGAAAGACGACCAAGGCCUCUGGACCACAGGCCAGAGGAGAGAAUCUCCUGUUAAGAGAGAGGCUGCCGGGGAGUGCACUGAGGGCUACACCUCCGUCCAACUCGGCGAUACACAAGUGAAGUGGAUGCUUCACGAUCGCAAGGAUCAAAUGCAGCUCUCUCCCUCACAGAGUACCAGCCCAGUAAAGCAACUCCUACUUCCAGAAGGCUCUUCGUCACCUACUGAGUUGUCCGAUGAAGUCUUCCCAAAGACAUCACCAUCCCGAAGCCUCCCGACACAGUUCACAGAGUCCAAAGGAAUGGCGCUCCGUGGACACUCUUCGCUGUCGGAGGGGACGGAGCGCAUGGAGAACCUGAACCAUUUCGAGACUCUUGGCAGUCUCAGCUGUGUGGAAGCGAAGGCUGGGAGCUACGUCCCUCUCACUCUUCACGGUAGUUCCCCAGCCCGAAAUUACGCGAGGCGUAUCUCUUAUAAAAUAGCAAUUGAGUGUGACACACUCGAUACCGGAUAUGAUUCAAGUGAGGUGUGACAACUGUGUGAAGACAAUUAGAUGCUAGAUGAAUCAAGACAUCAACAGCCACGAAUUAAACAGUUGCACUGAAGAAGCUUAACCUACGCGACGCGUAUCUACUGACGGGACAAUUAAGAAAUGAUUGGAAACAAAGUGGAGUGCUAACACCGAGGUUAUCACACGUGAAGUAACUAGUCUAACAACGAUAGUUACCAAACAAAACACAAAACAGCAAAACUGGCUAAGUGUAGUUACUGGAUGAUUACACUAGUAUGCUCGUUGUGUCCGUCUUCCUGGUUGUGUCAUAUAACCCUUUGGAACUGCUGAGUUUUAGCAUCCUUCACUAUUUCUUCCAACCGUCUACCACUCUCUUUGCAAAAGUGAGCUAUCUAAUGUUAAGUGUUAGUAAAUAAUAAGUGGGUUCAUGAUGUUCUAAAGUAUAAAUGGAAAGCAGUUUUUCUAAUACAUUUUUAUAUAAAAAAACUAUACCUAUAUUGAGGGAACAAAAUUAACCAUAUUCGAUAUGUAAGUAAUAAUAAAUAAUAAUAAUAAUAAUAAUAAUCACAUGUACAAGCAACAAAAUUUAUAUGCGAGACAUAUCAAUAUCUUUGAUGAGAAAUAAUGUUCAAGACUUUCUUCUUAUUCUACCGCAAUAAAGAGAGACCAGUGAAGAAGUAGUGCCACGAGAUGGUUUCAAAUUGUCGGGGACAGGAAGCCUGGUAGGCCGCAUAUACAAAUGGUGAUAAUAAAGGCAAUAAGAGGAGCUCUGGUUUAACUAGAUGAACAUGACAUAACUGUGAUGUACAAUGAAGGUAGGUGUUCAUAGUGCACAGUGUGUGGCACAUACUCCUGUGCACAUUGCAUCAGCUCACCUGCUUUACAGCGGGCUGAAAAUAUGUAGAUUAUUGUGCACUCAAUACCCAUCCUGUAAGCUGUAGUUUACUGUGCACAUCUGUUAUAUUACUGUUUGAAAUUGGCCCAUUGUAUUCAGCAUUGUAAGACUGUACUACUUAAUCGCCAACAUAUUUUCACAACCCAUUGUACCUUCCUGUAUGUAAAUAUAUAAAAGAAAUAGGUGGCCUAGAUGCCGCCACCUCAGGUCAGUGCCGAGGGGCUACCUACUAAUAGAAUAAUCCGUUUUCAUAGGGUUAAAGAUGACUAAAAUACCUACUAAUUAACAAUCAGUGUACCUGGAUAAUUGGAUGCAGAUGUUAGGUACCAAGCUAGACAGGCACUUCACCAGGUGCUUGUAGAUUCCUAAAUACAGGAAUUUAUCACAAGGGCACCACGAGAAUUAAUACUCAUUCGUUUAUAGUUAGUUAUAACAAACUUACUUGCUUACUGGCAUAUCAGCAUCCCUUAAAACACAAUUCACCUGAGUGUAGUAAUCACAAAUACAUUAUCACUGGGAAAAUCACUAAUUAAUAAACAUUAUGAAUGUC